CUUACUGCGGCGGUUCGAUAAAUUGAUUCGUUGAAAUUAGCGCGAAAGCGUUUGCCGUUCGUUGGGAGUAGUUGCAUGCUGACGACGCGUUCACGCUAAAGGAGAGAAAUGUUCGACACCGAAGGCUUCAUUCGCGAAAUCGAGCAACACCCAGCAAUUUGGCGCCAAUAUUCUGGCGACAAUCGUGAGACAAAAAUCUGCGAAUGGCAACAAGUCGCCAGAUCGAUGUACCCAGAAUGGAACGACUGGUCACCACUUCGCCAAAACGAAGCAGGAAGAGAAUUGCAGAAAAAGUGGAAAAACAUCAAAGACAACUUCACAAAAGCCUUGAAAGACCAAAAGGCCCAAAGGGACAGCAGUGGGAAUGUCAAAAAACGUCGAAAAUAUAUUUAUUUCGAUCUACUGGCCUUUCUUCUAACAACCGACGUCAAAAAGGAAAAUAAUGAAGAACCCGAAGAACCAGAUGAGAUACCCUGCGACGCCCUCAUGGAAAUGCCAGUAGAAACCCAAUUAGACGAAAACGUUCAAUUUUUAGACCCCCAGAUGCCAAUAAUUCAUCGAGAGGCCGAUGAAAUCUCCUACAACCAAAACCACAACCUGAACCGAAGGCGAAAACGUAGGGUCCCUUAUAGGCCCUUGGAGGAACGCCUUAUAAAACUUUUAGACAAGAAACAGGAGGACACUGUUAAGAGUUCUGAGGACCUUUUGGACGAGGAUAAGGCUUUCUUUGUUUCGCUUUUACCAAGUGUUAAGAGGCUGAGUGAUGAACAGAGGAUGGAUUUCAGAUUGGACGUCCUAAAUUGUCUAAAACGUCUCCACUACCAAAAACCACACGAAAUGCAUAUUAAAGAUAGUGGUUCCAGUAGUAGAAAAAGGGGUUCCCAUUCCAACAGGAAUCAGGAACCUUCAAGUUCCAACAAUCAUGCCAAAACUGGCGAAGAUUAUUCGUGA